GUGUGUUUGUGAAUUUUGAUAAUGCGAUCAAUUGUAAACAAAUUUGCAAAAAAAUGUUAUUGUGCUUGAAUUACAGUAUAAUUUUUUAAGUUUCUAUAAGAAUUACAUGUCCUCUUAAUUAAUAUAAGAGUUAAUAUUGUCCAGAAUUACGUUUAUUUUAUCGAACUGAAUGGAAAACAAUAACCAACAAUUUAAGCAACAAAAUGACAAGGUCGUUGCUUUUAUUUUUGGAAAAAUUGGAGCAAUUCUUCUAGUAUGUGGACUAAAUUAGAUUAAACAAAAAGGAGGAAAAAAACGAUUUCAAAAUGUCGAGCACCGUUCAACAAUACGUUCAACGUUUAAAAUCGCGUCAUGAGGAAGUUCGUAAUGAAACGGCUCGCAAACUUUCCGUUUACGUUAAAACGGAAUUACGCGAAGCAUCACAAGAGGAAUUCACCGCAUUUAUGGACGAAUUUAAUCAUCAUAUUUUCGAAAUGGUCUCAGGCUCCGAUAUGAAUGAGAAGAAGGGUGGAAUUUUGGCGAUAAUCUGUUUAAUCGACGCCGAUGUUGGUAGUAUAAAUACACGUACUAUUAGAUUUGCGAAUUAUCUCCGACAUUUAUUGCCGUCGAGCGAUGUUGGUGUUAUGGAGUUGGCGGCAAAGACUGUUGGGAAAUUGGCCCUUGUUUCGGGCACUUAUACGGCAGCUUAUGUGGAAUUCGAAGUGAAACGAGCGUUUGAAUGGCUGGGUGGUGAUCGUAAUGAGGGGAAACGACAGGCGGCCGUUUUGGUUCUGAAAGAAUUGGCAGUAUCGAUGCCUACGUAUUUUUUUCAACAAGUAACGCCUUUUUUCGAGGUGAUCUUCAAUGCGGUGAGGGAUCCAAAAGCGGUGAUACGAGAGGGGGCGGUGGAGGCACUUCGGGCUGCUUUGGUCGUCACGGCGCAGAGAGAAACGGCUAAGCAGAUGCACAAGUCGCAGUGGUAUAAACAAUGUUACGAUGAGAUUUGUUCUGGGUUCGAGGACGUUUCUUUUAGGGAGAGGAGUUUCAAUAGGGAUGAUCGUAUUCAUGGUUCUUUGUUGGUUUUGAACGAAUUGCUGAGGUGUAGCAAUAUUCAAUGGGAGAGGGAUUAUGAGGAUCUGAUGGAGAAGUUAAAUUGCUCCCCCCAGAAGAAGGAGAACGAUAUAUUUCUCAUGAUGCCGCAUUUGAAAUCGAAUCUGGUGACUAAGUGGUCAAUGUCGUCGAAGAAUGCUCUGAAUGCACAGUCUUCACACCAUCCGACACAUGAAUCAACCGCGUGUCGUGGUUUAAUGUUGGAAAAGUUGGACGAUGUUAGUGAUGAGGUCAUGAAUCAGAGAAUAUCCCGUAAUCCGCAUAUUCAGAACGCGUUGAUGAAUCUUUUACCAAGAUUGGCGGCUUUCAAUAGAGAGAAAUUUGUUCAGAGUAAUUUGAGAGAUUGUCUGGCUUAUUUGCUGAUGACACUCAAAGGAAGGGAGAAGGACAGAGCGGCGGCUUUCACGACCAUUGGCCUGAUUGCUGUGGCUGUUGGCGAUCCGAUCAAGCCCUACUUGGGGAGAAUUAUGGAAACUAUCAAGAGUUCACUGCCCUCGAAGGAAAUGUCGAAUAAGAAGCGAGUUGCCCUGGAACCGGCCGUUUUUAUCUGUAUCACUCUCUUGGGCCACGCUGUAAAGCAGACAAUCUCCGGUGAUGUUAAGGACAUUUUGGAGUCGAUGUUGGCGACCGGUUUGAGUCCUAUUUUGACGACUUCACUACGGGAACUGGCGCACGAUGUGCCUUCGUUAAAAGCUGAUAUUUCGCAAGGUUUGCUGAGAAUGUUGUCGCAGGUGUUGAUGCACAAACCAUUGAGACAUCCUGGAGCACCCUGGAGCGCGAGUAGUCCAAAUUUGACAAGUCUGUCCGAAGUCGAUGUCUCCUCGACAGUUCUGGCACUGAGGACCCUUGGGACUUUCGAUUUCGACGAGAAUCCACUGUUACAGUUCGUGAAGCGUUGCGCGGAUCAUUUUCUCACAUCGGAACAGGCGGAGGUGCGUCUCGAGGCGGUGAGAACGUGUUCGAGGCUCCUGCGACUCUCGUUAAAUCAACCCGGACAUACGGUGACGACCACUGUUUCUUCAGUUGUCCGAAAACUACUCGAUGUUGGAAUUAUCGAUCCAGAUCCGGAUGUUCGAUUUUGGGUCCUCGCCUCCUUGGACGAAUCGUUUGAUAGUCAUUUGGCGCAGGCCGAGAGUCUCUCGGCACUGUUCGUUGGGAUGAAUGACGAGAUUUUCGAAAUUCGGGAAAUUGCCAGCAGAACGAUUGGAAGACUGAGUAUAAUGAAUCCAGCCUAUGUGAUGCCGUCCUUGAGGAAGACGUUGAUUCAACUGUUGACCGAGUUGGAGUAUUCGGGAAUGGGGCGGAAUAAGGAGCAAGCGGCGAGGAUGCUCGACCAUCUCGUGGUGAGUGCACCGAGAUUAAUUCGUCCCUACAUGGAACCGAUGCUCAAGGUUCUAGUGCCAAAAUUAAAAGAACCGGAACCGAAUCCAUGUGUUAUUUUGGCAAUUCUAAAGGCGAUUGGCGAUUUAGCGGAGGUUAGCGGUGCCGAAAUGCAGCAGUGGCUUCCGGAACUGUUGUCCAUUUUGCUGGAGAUGUUGGUCGACGCGAGUUCACCCGAGAAACGUGGGGUUGCCCUCUGGGUUCUGGGUCAACUGGUCGGGAGUACUGGUUACGUGGUGAAGCCUUACAUGCAAUAUCCGACUUUGUUGGACGUUUUGAUAAACUUUUUGAAAACGGAGCAACAGACGCAUAUUCGGAGGGAGACAAUAAGAGUACUGGGUUUACUCGGAGCACUAGAUCCCUAUAAGCAUAAGAUGAAUUUGGGUCAAAUUGACUCCCAGUUGGACACACUGACAUCGAUGGCGGAUAUAAAGAGUGACGCGGAGAUGAAUCAGGACCUGACGACGAGUGAAAUGCUGGUGAAUAUGUCGUCGUCGACUCUGGAAGAAUAUUACCCGGCGAUUGCUAUUGCAACGCUGAUGAGAAUAAUUCGCGAUCCCACGCUGUCGCAGCAUCAUACCAUGGUGGUGCAGGCCGUGACUUUUAUUUUCAAGAGUUUGGGCAUCAAGUGCGUUCCAUACAUAUCGCAGGUGAUGCCAAGUUUUCUGAAUGUUGUCCGCACGGCCGACAUUACGUUCCGUGAGUACCUUUUCCAGCAACUUGCCAUUCUGAUCGCAAUUGUGAAGCAACAUAUUAGAAAUUACCUCGACGAUAUUUUUAUUCUAAUUAAAGAAUUUUGGACCGUUAACAGUCCCUUACAGAGUACGUUAAUUUUGCUCGUUGAACACAUUGCCGUUGCAUUGGGUUCUGAGUUCAAGAUCUACAUUCCACAACUGAUACCACAAAUUCUCAAGGUGUUGAAUCAUGAUCCUAGUAAGGAUCGUACGGUGACUGUGAAACUUCUCCAAGCUCUGCAGAAGUUUGGUAAUAAUUUGGAUAAUUAUCUUCAUUUGGUGCUACCGCCGAUUGUGAAAUUGUUUUGCGCCACGGACUGUCCGAUUGUGGUGAAUAGAGUCGCUUUGGAGACGAUUGAUCAUCUGUCGGAUUGUCUAGAUUUCACGGAUUUCUCAUCGAGAAUAAUACACCCGUUGGUGAGGGUUUUGGAUCAAUUUCCGGAUCUUCGAGACACUGCGAUGGACACACUUUGUGCUAUUAUUAUUCAAUUAGGAAAGAAGUACAAGAUCUUUAUUCUUAUGGUGCAGAAGGUGAUUAUUAAGCAUAAGAUUUCGAAUACGCGCUAUGAGUGGUUGGUGCAUAAGAUUGAUAUUGAAUCGUCGGUGGUGGAUACGGAGGACUAUCUUCUGAUAAAGCAGAGGCAGUCGAAGAAUAAAAAUAGGGACAUGUCGUUGACUUCUUCGGAUACGACGACUAUAAAACGUUUACAUGUGGACGCUUCGAAUUUGCAGAAGGCUUGGACUGCGACGAGACGGGUGUCGAAGGACGAUUGGCUCGAGUGGAUUAAGAGUUUGUCGAUUGGUUUGUUGAAGGAGUCACCGUCGCCGGCCUUGAGAUCCUGUUGGGCUUUGGCACAGACUUAUUCACAAUUGCCGAGGGAUCUAUUUAAUGCCGCUUUCGUUUCGUGUUGGUCCGAAUUGAACGAGAGUUAUCGAGCCGAACUGAUACAGACACUUCAGCAAGCUCUAAUGGUGCCUGAUUUGCCGGAAAUAACGCAGACGAUUUUGAAUUUAGCCGAAUUUAUGGAGCACUGUGACAAGGGACCAUUGCCGCUGGAUAAUAAAAUUCUCGGUGAACGAGCAAUGCAUUGUCGUGCCUACGCGAAAGCGCUUCAUUACAAGGAGGACGAAUUUCACAAGAGCAAGAAUAAGAACGACUCGGAGAGGGCCGACUCGAAGAAUAAUGAUUCGAAGAGUAAUGUUUUUGAGUCACUGAUAUCGAUUAAUAAUAAGUUGCAGCAGAAAGAAGCUGCUGAGGGUUUGUUGGAGUACGUGAUGAAUCAGCACAGUCAGCCUGAAUUGAAGGUGCAAGUGAGAUGGUACGAGAAGUUGCACAACUGGGACAAGGCCCUUCAACUUUAUAACGAGAGACUCGAGAUUGAUUCGAACGAUGUGGAAUCGACUCUGGGUGAAAUGAGAUGUCUCGAGGCUUUGGGAGAAUGGGGACAGCUUCAUGAAGUCGCGAUGAAGCAGUGGUCGAAUCAGAGUGAGGAGACGAAGCAAAGAAUGGCGAGGAUGGCAGCAGCGGCCGCUUGGGGCCUUAAUCAGUGGGAGAGUAUGCAGAAGUAUGUCUCGUUGAUAUCGAAAGACACGCAAGAUGGUGCAUUCUAUCGAGCUGUGCUGGCAAUUCAUGAUGAGCGUUACGACGUUGCUCAUGAAUUAAUUGAGAGUGCGCGGGAUUUACUGGACACGGAAUUAACCGCAAUGGCUGGGGAGAGUUAUCAACGGGCGUAUAAUGCGAUGGUCGAGGUGCAAAAAUUGGCCGAAUUGGAGGAAGUGAUUCAAUUUAAAUUGGUACCCGAGAGGAGGUCAACUAUCAAGAGUAUGUGGUGGGAGAGACUUCAGGGUGGUCAGAGAAUUGUCGAGGAUUGGCAGAAGAUUAUUCAGGUUCAUACGCUCGUUGUUUCACCACAAGAUGAUAUGUACACUUGGCUGAAGUACGCGAGUCUUUGUAGAAAGAGUGGAAAUUUAAUGUUGUGUCACAAAACGCUGGUGAUGCUUCUUGGAAUGGAUCCUUCGCUGGUUCCUGACAAACCGCUUCCUACUCAUCAUCCACAGGUAACAUUCGCCUACUGUAAACACAUGUGGGUCGCUGGCAAACGAGACGAGGCUUACUGUCAAUUGCAGAAAUUCGUCACAUCGUCAUUAACAAAUUCGGGAAAUUCGGUGAUAAAUCAAGAAGAUGAGAAGCAUCAAGACGCAAGGAAGCGUUUACUCGCGAGAUGUUAUCUAAAACUGGGCGAAUGGACCGAAGCCCUACAGGGUAUCAAGGAGCACUCGAUUCCAAUGGUUCUCACCUACUAUUCAGCCGCUACCGAGCACGAUCCCACAUGGUACAAAGCUUGGCAUUCAUUUGCCUACACAAAUUACGAAACAGUUCUCUUCUACAAACAUCAACAAGGCGAAAUGAUAAAUCAAGAUAAUUCCCUUUCGUCCAACGGCUCUCGAAAUCUCUGCAGUUCCCAGUACAUUUCCCGCUACGCCGUUCCUGCCGUCGAGGGCUUCUUCCGUUCCAUCAAUUUGUCACACGGCAAUUCUCUUCAAGACACACUGCGACUCCUCACACUCUGGUUCGAAUACGGACAAUGGCCAGAGGUCUACGACGCAAUUGUCGAGGGUAUUCGCAUGAUUGAAAUAAACACCUGGCUCCAAGUGAUUCCACAAUUAAUCGCUAGAAUCGACACACCAAGAGCACUCGUCGGACGAUGCAUUCAUCAUUUAUUGAUCGACAUUGGCAAAUCACAUCCGCAGGCUCUCGUCUAUCCAUUGACGGUCGCAUCAAAAAGUGCGAGUCACGCGAGAAAAACGGCGGCUAAUAAAAUUUUGAAAAAUAUGUGCGAACACAGUCCCACACUGGUGCAACAGGCAAUCAUGGCUAGUGAUGAAUUGAUAAGAGUGGCAAUAUUGUGGCAUGAGUUGUGGCACGCUGGUCUUGAGGAGGCGAGUCGUUUGUACUUUGGCGAGAGAAAUGUUAAGGGUAUGUUUGAUACAUUGGAGCCGUUGCACGCGAUGCUCGAACGUGGUCCACAAACAUUGAAGGAGACAUCGUUUAAUCAAGCCUACGGACGGGAUUUAGUUGAAGCUCAAGAUUGGUGCCAUAGAUUUAAAGCUUCGGGCAAUGUUCGCGAUUUGAAUCAGGCGUGGGAUCUUUAUUAUCACGUUUUUCGACGAAUCUCACGACAAUUGCCACAAUUGACAAGUUUGGAAUUGCAAUAUGUGAGUCCAAAACUUUUAUUGUGUCGGGAUCUUGAAUUGGCCGUGCCUGGAAGCUAUCAACCUGGACAGCCAAUUAUUCGGAUAUCGAACUUUCACAGUUCGAUGCAAGUCAUUACGAGUAAACAACGACCGAGGAAAUUGUGCAUUAAAGGGAGUAAUGGCAAGGAUUACAUGUUCCUUUUGAAGGGACACGAAGAUCUUCGACAGGACGAGCGUGUGAUGCAGUUAUUCGGUUUAGUUAAUACAUUAUUGUUGCACGAUCCUGACACUUUUAGGAGAAAUCUUACUAUACAGAGAUACGCUGUGAUACCAUUGUCGACAAAUAGUGGCCUUAUUGGUUGGGUGCCUCAUUGCGAUACAUUGCACACCCUGAUUAGAGAUUAUCGAGAAAAGAAGAAAAUUCUCCUCAAUAUAGAACACCGAAUUAUGCUUCGAAUGGCACCAGAUUACGAUCAUCUUAUGUUAAUGCAAAAAGUAGAAGUAUUCGAACACGCCCUGGAGCAUACGAACGGUGACGAUUUAUCGCGUCUCCUCUGGCUGAAAUCGCCAUCAAGUGAAGUAUGGUUUGAUCGUCGGACAAAUUACACACGUUCAUUGGCAGUGAUGUCAAUGGUUGGCUAUAUUCUUGGACUUGGUGAUCGUCAUCCAUCGAAUUUGAUGCUUGAUCGUUUGAGUGGAAAAAUUCUUCACAUUGAUUUUGGUGAUUGCUUCGAAGUGGCAAUGACACGUGAAAAAUUCCCUGAGAAAAUUCCAUUUAGAUUGACGAGAAUGUUAAUUAAUGCAAUGGAAGUGACGGGCAUUGAGGGCACAUACAGAAGGACCUGUGAAUCCGUUAUGUCUGUUUUACAUCGAAAUAAGGACAGUCUUAUGGCAGUUUUGGAAGCUUUUGUCUAUGAUCCUUUGUUGAAUUGGCGUCUCAUGGACAAUACGGUGCCGAAGGUGAAGAGAUCCGAUGCUCAGGGAAUGAGCGCGAGUAGUAGUCAGGAACGUGGUGAUAUUAUUGAUUCGCUGACGUCAACUUUGCCGAAAAAAGGAGCUCCUUGCAGUAUCGAGAAUGGUGGGGACAGUAAUCAGCCGGAAGCUCUGAACAAAAAGGCGCUUGCAAUCACAAAUAGAGUUAGGGACAAACUCACUGGUCGCGAUUUUUCACACGAUCAAAUGUUGAGCGUUCAACGACAAGUUGAUCUUUUAAUUCAACAGGCAACCAAUAAUGAAAACCUCUGCCAGUGUUACAUCGGAUGGUGUCCAUUUUGGUAGAUGAGAAAUAAAGAAAUAAAUAAAAAGGAGGACAAACUUCUUAUGGUAAAAAACUAAGCGCACUAUGAAUAUAUAAUUUUAUUUUACAGAAGCUGAUCAAAAAUGAAGUUCAGUUAAUUUACGAUUUUUGUCGUUGUACUAAUUUGUAUAUAUUAAUACAGUCGCACGCGACGAUUAAGUUUAAAUUCUUUUUUUUUUUUUUUAAAUAAUUUUAUUAAUAUUUUACCAGUAAACUGAUAUUGUAAAAAAACGAAAGGUUUUCUGUACUCGUAGAUUCGAUGUAUAAAGAAAUAAAAACAAAAAAUUAAAAA